AUGGCAGUUUCCCUCCCUAAAGGGACACCAGAGAACCAGAAACCAGGUUUCUUGUUCAACACCCACUUCAUACUGGGUACACCAUCGCCUCUGGACACGGCAACAAUUCCAGAUUUACUCAACCCUGCUCCCUGCCGGACAACCUCCCGACACUUAACAUCGGCGCCUGCGAUCAGGAGACCGUAUUUCUGCUCGGAAGGUGAUGACUGCUACUCCUUCGUCACGACCUGCAGGGACUCUGAGUACGAGACCCGGGCCUAUGAGCCGAGCAUGUGGGUCGGAUCUCCUGUUCAUCCGAACGAGGACAGAUACCGCGCCGUGGACCGCCUGAGGGAUUACUUUAACCAGAAAAACGUGCCAGGAAUCCAAAUCGAGAGAACCGUCCCUCUGUUGACUUUGUACACCUCCUUUGGCAGGAAUCCCACUGCCACAAUGGUCUACCUGAUGUUACCCAGGAGGUUUUACAGCAAUCCCCCUAUUCCCAGGGAUACCAUGCUGUUCCUCACCCCCUUCCCCCCGAUGAUGGUGUUUGUGAAGACAGUCGGUGGGUGGCUGACGUCUCUUCACCAAAAAUCCCAGGAAAUGUUUGAGGAUCUACUCCGCCAGGCAGAGCCCUUCCUACCCAAUCACUUCUACACAGCCGAAUACAACGGGCCCCUGACCAUCUUCAAUCGCCACAAUGAGAUCUGGUACCUGAGCUACGACGUUCCCAGGUGUUCGGCCAGGUUCGGCCGAGGAUCCUAG